CAGCCCCUUCCCAGGAAUCAUCCCAGGCGGUGUUACAUUUUUCGUAUCGCUGUACGACUAUGAAGCGAGGACGACGGAUGAUCUGUCGUUUAAGAGAAGGGGAUCGCUUCCAGAUUAUCAACAACACGGAAGGCGACUGGUGGGAGGCUCGCUCCAUCAACACGGGGCAGAAAGGUUACAUCCCGAGUAACUACGUGGCUCCAGCCGACUCCAUACAGGCUGAAGAAUGGUACUUUGGUAAAAUGGGCCGCAAAGACGCCGAGCGCCUCUUAUUGCAUCCAGGGAACCAGCGGGGAACUUUCUUGGCACGAGAGAGUGAGACGACCAAAGGUGCCUACUCUCUCUCUCUCCGGGACUGGGACGAGGUGAAGGGCGACAACGUCAAACACUACAAGAUACGAAAGCUGGACAACGGAGGUUAUUACAUCACCACUCGGGCCCAGUUUGAGAAUCUGCAGAAGCUGGUGAAACACUACACAGAACAUUCGGACGGUCUGUGCUACAGGCUGACGACCGUGUGCCCCACGGUGAAGCCUCAGACUCAGGGACUAGCUAAGGAUGCUUGGGAAAUCCCACGAGAUUCUCUCCGGCUGGAGCUCAAACUCGGCCAGGGCUGCUUUGGAGAAGUCUGGAUGGGCACAUGGAACGGCACUACUAAGGUUGCCAUCAAGACCCUGAAGCCCGGCACCAUGUCCCCAGAGGCCUUCCUGCAGGAGGCUCAGAUCAUGAAGAAACUCCGGCAUGAUAAACUGGUUCCUCUCUACGCCGUGGUGUCUGAGGAGCCCAUCUACAUAGUCACUGAAUUCAUGGCCAAAGGUAGUUUACUGGACUUCAUGAAGGAGGGAGACGGUCGAUAUCUGAAGCUGCCGCAGCUGGUGGACAUGGCUGCACAGAUCGCAGACGGCAUGGCCUUCAUCGAGAGGAUGAACUACAUCCACAGAGACCUGAGAGCCGCCAACAUCCUGGUGGCUGAUAACUUGGUGUGUAAGAUCGCCGACUUCGGCCUGGCUCGGCUCAUCGAGGACAACGAGUACACCGCCAGACAAGGUGCUAAGUUUCCCAUCAAGUGGACGGCCCCUGAAGCCGCUCUGUACGGACGCUUCACCAUCAAAUCUGACGGCUGGUCGUUUGGUAUACUACUGACUGAGCUGGUGACCAAGGGCAGAGUGCCGUACCCAGGUAUGGUGAAUCGAGAGGUUCUUGAGCAGGUGGAGCGAGGGUACCGCAUGCCCUGCCCCCAGGGCUGCCCCGAGUCCCUCCACGAGAUGAUGAGGCACUGCUGGAAGAAGGAGCCGGAUGAGAGACCAACCUUCGAAUACAUCCAGUCCUUUUUGGAAGACUACUUCACAGCCACAGAGCCACUGUACCAGCCCGGGGACAACCUUUAGUUCGGGGGAGAUUUUUUGGGGGGUGAACUCUGGCUUCAUACAUCAGUGGAGAGCAAAGCCAGGUACAACACAGGACUUCAACAUGGGAAAAAGCCUUGAUGAGGCUGCAGAGAAAAGGUGUCAAAGCUACAAACUAGUCCACAGCCACCCUGGUUUAUCUGCAGAAGCAAGAAGAAAAUGUUCCCUGAAGUAGAGGGACGUCCUUUGGCUAAUCGGGGACCAAAUGUUUGGGGAAAUGUCCAACUGUGCAGAUUGGUGCUGGUACUUUAAGCUUUGGGAAGCCUGCUCAUCAGAAUAAUCCACAUGGACCGGCCACAACACUGUGAUCAAACAGAGAGGGGCUGUCUUCUCAUUUUAAAUUGAUGGCUACUUGCAGACGCACCAUUUUUUUACUUUUUUAAAUGCCCCCUCUCAUCUAAUUCAACCCCAAUUUAUUUUACACAGUUCUUUGAUAUUGAAGUCAAGAUCUUUUGUAUGUACAUGAGUUUGGUUUUUAAAUGCAGGUUGAUGGGUUAUGUUGUUGACCAACAACUAUGGUUGAAAUGUCAGUGUGUGCUGCGUCUGUGAAGCUGUGAUGGAGAAGGUGCGAGGAGGAGGAGGACGAGGAGGAAAUGGACUGGUUGUACUUUACGGAUGAACGAAUGUACGGAGAGAUCAAAGCAGAUGUACACACAGUACGUGCAAAGAUGUAUUUUCAGCAGGUGUGAUCAGGUGGAUGAGUGAGAACAUGAGAAGGCCGUGUUUAGAAAUCCUACAAAUUAUAUUUAAUACGGUCGCUUGAAUGGCAAAUCACAUCGGAUUUUAAUAUGCUUUUUUAAUUGUUUUUUAAUUUAAACGGGGACUUGAAAUCAUAAAGAGCUAUUUUGAUAAUAUUCAUGUGCGAUAACCUUUUUCCUGUUUAACAUUUUAUAAAUGUUUUGAAUAUCAGCUGUGAAAUUGAAGUAUGUUUGAGUAGUUAUCGGAAAUAAGCAUCUUGGUGCAUAUUUCUGAUUGCUGUAAAAGAAUCUUAACAAAGUUGCACACAUCUACACAGUUUUAAAAUCGCAGUUUUCCCAUUUAUUCCUGGUGAAGGAUUAUGUUAGAUCUUUUCACACGAUCAUGUAAAUCAUACAUGCUGCUGUAGUAUUUCCUUUCUGUUCUUCUCAGUAAAAUACCACCAAACUAAAACGUAACAUGCCUUUACUGUAAUGAAUUCUCUGUCUGCUGGAGGGGAUCCUUUCAUCUAAAUCCUAACACAAUUGUAAUUUGUAAAUGCACAUAUGCAAAGUCAACCAGCCAUGUGUUAAGGAACAACGGCUCUCGGAUGGUAUUUUUCCUCUCUAGCUCCCCUUUAUGGUUUUCUUACUUCCCAGUUGUAGAGAUGAUGGAUCACUUCUGGAGUGGAGUUAUUAAUACCAGACAAAACAAACACCGUGCACACACAGUGGUCAGGUCAGGGCUUUGGUGCUUUUAUAAGUAAUAUAAAAGUCCAAUAAAAAGUUACCUCCACUGUCGGCCCAGCGGUAUGAGAUGGGAAAUCUUACUGUCAUUCGAUAAGUAAUAAUAAGGAUCGGACAAAGAUGUGAAUUUUUUUUGUUUUUCUUUGUGUUUCACUCACAAGCUAAUAUGUGAUUGUUCCUGAAAAUGGAACUUGAACUGGUGGGGAGAUGAUAAUGACAUUACUGAGAAUGGUAACUAAUAUGAUUUUGUUCAGAAAAAAUAAAGAUUUUUCCUCAAAGGAG